CACAAAUGCCAUCAAACCAUCACAACCACACAGCAAUCGAGCUAGUAAUCAGGAGCUCCUGAAACUCCAGAGAGCUAAUCGCUCGUCAGCUUAGUGCGCGUGAUCCAGCGGCAGCAAUGGCAGGCAAGGCCUCGAUCGCGCUGUUCCUCGCCGUCAACCUGGUGGUGUUCUCGUUGGCCAGCGCCUGCGGCGGCCGCUGCCCGACGCCGACGCCGUCGACCCCAUCGACGCCCACCCCGACGCCGGCGGCGUUCGGUAAGUGCCCACGCGACGCGCUGAAGCUGGGCGUGUGCGCCAACGUGCUGGGCCUCAUCAAGGCCAAGGUGGGCGUGCCGCCGGCGGAGCCGUGCUGCCCGCUGCUGGAGGGGCUCGUCGACCUCGAGGCGGCGGUAUGCCUCUGCACGGCCAUCAGAGGCAACAUCCUCGGCAUCAACCUCAACCUCCCCGUCGACCUCAGCCUCAUCCUCAACUACUGCGGCAAGCGCGUGCCCACCGGCUUCAAAUGCUAAGCAUCGAUAGGCGGCGGCGCUACUGCGCAUUUGUUCCGCUGGCUAUUUUAUCUGGACUGUUUGAUUGCUACUACGUGCUAGCUUAGCUUGCAACAUUUGCGCGCAUGCAUGGAUCGAUCGACAAAUAUGCAUGCGUGCACCUGCAAAUUAAGCAUGCACACGUACCAUGGAGCUACUCGAUUUUCCGUGUUUUUAUUCGUUUCAUGUGUGGGUCCUUGUAUGAUCUGUUGAUUAUUUCUUUUGCAUUAUGAAUAAAAUAAAUUUCACACUUUGUUUGGAA